AUGGCCGACGCCCAGCUCUACGAAGAAUCCUUCCAAGUCUCGCAAGUGAACAAAGAUGUCUACGACCGCGUGCACCGCAUCGACGCGACCAGCCUGGACAAUGCGACUAAGCUGAUCCUCGACAUCAACAGCGAGCUCUACCCCAUCGAGACGAACGAGAACAUCCAGGUCCUGAUCGCAUCGACGUUGAACCUCGACGGCAGCAAAGACGAGAUUGCGAGCGGAUGGCGCGGGAACAGACCGAAUGAGGCCUCGUUGGCGGAUAUGUGGGAUUAUGUCUGUUACGGGAAGGUGUAUAAGGUGGAGGAUCCGGAGACCGGGGACAGGAUAAAGGUUUACGUCUCGUUCGGAGGCUUACUCAUGUGUCUGGACGGCCCCUACAAGAAGCUCUCGCCGCUCAAGAUCGACUACGUCUACCUCCUCAUGAAGAAAUAA